GGCCCACGAAGCAUUUUUCACUACCUAUAAACCUCAAUCUAGGGCUCUCUCUUAGCAUUUUGGACUCUCUCACACACUCGCAGCCAUCGGCCGAAGCUAGCUUUCAGUCAGCGACAAUGGUGAAAGGCCGCCAGGGGGAGCGUGUCAGGCUAUACGUCCGUGGGACUAUAUUGGGGUACAAGAGGUCGAAGUCGAAUCAGUACCCAAACACGUCGUUGAUUCAGAUUGAGGGCGUCAACACUCAAGAGGAAGUGGCGUGGUACCUCGGGAAGCGCAUGGCAUACAUUUACAAAGCGAAGGUGAAGAAGAACAGUUCCCACUACCGUUGCAUUUGGGGAAAGGUUACGCGGCCGCAUGGUAACAGCGGUGUUGUCCGCGCCAAGUUCAAGUCCAAUCUUCCCCCAAAAUCUAUGGGUGCUAGAGUGAGGGUGAUGAUGUAUCCUAGCAACAUUUAAGAGGUAUCUUUAUUCGCAUUUUGGAGAAGUCAAGUUGACACCCUGGUGGCAUUUUUGCAAGUAGUAAAAGUUUUGUACCAUUGCUAAUCAAGUUGUCGUUAGAGUUUCACCUUGUUCUGUUUUACUUCUACUACACUAUUAAAUAGAGAUUUUUCAGUGUUCCCUACUUUUUGUCAUUCGCAAAUGCAAACAUUCAGUGAAGCUACUUUUGAUGCUUUCAGUGUCGGACUUUUGUGGUCAUGUUAGGGAAGCUUUGAUAUUUAUAAUCUGAAGUAAUUUCUGAUA